AUGCCUCAGCUGAGCCGAUUUCCUCAGUUCAAGGAAAAGAGUGCAGCGUUCAAAGAGCCACCCCUUGGAUUGUAUCUCUAUCCAGUUUUACAAGUUUCUGACAUUUUACUGUACAAGGGAACGCAUGUGCCAAUUGGCGAUGAUCAGUUGGCACAUCUCAAUCUAGCCAAGCAUAUCACUGGAAAGUUUAAUAACACCUUCAAGACGAAUAUUUUUCCUAUACCCAAGGAAGUGCUUCCUAAAAGCGGUGCCGGUAGGGUGAAAAGCCUGAGGGCCCCCGAGAAGAAAAUGUCCAAAUCUGAAGCAGAUGCCAAGUCAAGGAUAGAGCUGACUGACUCUUCCGAUGAUAUCAUUCGAAAGAUUCGCAAAUCUGUCACCGAUAUGAAGUCAGCUAUAACCUACGACCCGGCUGAGCGACCAGGAGUGAGCAAUCUCAUACAAAUCUACUCAAUCAUAUCAGGCUUGAGCACGGAGCAGGUCUGCGAACAGUUUGCUGGCAAGGAAACACUGCAGCUCAAGGUAGAGUUGGGCGAGCUGCUGGCGGAAUACCUGAAGCCCAUUCGAAAACGGAUUCUCGAGUACUCCAGUGAUCGGCACUACUUGGAGACUGUCCUAAAGGAUGGCGCCGCUAAAGCGACGACAAUUGCCGAAGAGACAUUUACACAGGUGCAACAGGUGAUAGGCUCAG